AAUAGUCGGAACACUCUUCACACGGGAAUACAGUACCCCAACCUGGGAUAUCUUACAUCUUUGGACAUUUAUAUUUUGCCAUGUAGAUUACAGCGAUUUGCGCCCGUGACAUAUAGGCGAUUUUCAUAAAUCUCUUUCAUCCACAUAGACCUUGUCUUAAUGUCAGAUUGUAACUGCUGCUUUUGCUACUGAACAUGGAUCCUGACAGCGCGGAGGAAGCCAUGGCAGAAUUUAGGGAACGACAUUUGGGGGGCUGGGGUAUCCUGCAGCUGACAGCUGGCACUGGCCUGGCUGUUUAUGCCAUGUGGGUGGGCUUGAUUAUGCCAGGCUUCCGGAGGGUCCCCCUAAAGUUACAGGUGCCCUAUCUCCCAGCCAGCAGAACGCAAGUGAGAAAUGUAAUGGUUCUGCUGCGAGGGCGGUCAGGAAGCCUUGCCGAUUUGGGCUCAGGAGAUGGUAGGAUUGUUCUGGAGGCAUAUCGACAGGGUUUUCGUCCAGCUGUAGGUUAUGAGCUCAAUCCCUGGUUGGUCCGCCUGUCCUAUUUUCAUGCAUGGAGAGCAGGGCAUUAUGGGAAGGUGUCAUAUUUACGGAAAGACCUUUGGAAGAUCAGCCUGGCUGAUUGUAAGAACGUCACUGUGUUUUUGGCUCCAAGUGUGCUGCCGCUGCUCCAGCAGAAGCUCCUGGCGGAGCUACCGGAUGAUGCUCUAGUGGUGGCUGGCCGCUUCCCCUUUCCUGACUGGAGGGCGUGCAGGGUGGAGGGGGAGGGUGUGGAUCGGGCCUGGGCCUACAGCAUGCAGGCCCAGAGGCAGCAGCAGAGUCCCAAAGAGCCAGCUAGCCCACAGCACGCUUCUUAAUCCCAGAUCAGCUCUGAAGCUGUAUGACGCUGGUAGCAGAAGAGCAGUGCCAGACUGUGGGUCUGGAUCUGUCCUCGAAGCUCUUACGUUAUACUGUGCUCACCAAGAUGACGCUAGGUGGUUUGGGCCUGGUUUGCUGUAUUUUACUCUAUUUGUCAAAUGAAUGAUUUUGACUUUUUAUACUACUGUACAUUUUAUGGAAUUCUUGCACCAGUCAUACUGUUGUUUUUAAAUUACAGUGGUACCUCUGUUCUCGAACUUAAUCCCUUCCGGGAUUUAUGAAUAAUUGGAGUCUUCAUGAUAUAUGAGCCUGUGUACUUUUCCUGUUCCUCUUUGUUCCAGGGAAAAACUUUUUUUUCUGAAUAAAACUCGGUUUAUUUAUGAAUUAAGUGUUGCAAAACAUGCUACACCACUAUGGAAUUCAUGGGUUACAUUUCAAAGUAGCUAGAGGGCCCCAAAAUAUUUUGCUCAGACUAAACGAAAUAAAUGUUAUAUACUUUGUAAAUAGCAUACUAUAUCAAUGGAGAUGACUAACGAAAGAGCCUUGUGUGACCUGUGUGCUUUGAUCCUCAUGUGACUUGAGCUGCAUAAUCCCUGCAGGACUCUCAUCUCCACUCACACCACACUUAACAAUGUGACUGUUACACAUUUCCUUAAUGCAUGGAUAAGUGCACAUUAAAUACAAUGGGUGUAAAACUUA